AUGGAAAGCUCCUUCGAUGAUCAAUACAGUUUUUGUCGUUCAUGUUUGGCUGUGGAUGAACAGAAUUUAGAUGAUGCCAACAAUUGUCUGUGUGUUCAAUGCGCACUGUCGGCCCUUGAAUCGAGUUGUUAUAAACAAUACUGCGCCAGGUCAAAAGACUCCCAAAAAGAAUUGCUUCUAAUCAAUAGGCUGAUUCAAAAGUUCAAUAGUGAUAUCAAGUCUGACUACGAGUUCGAUUCUGACGUAAAGCUUUCAGAAGUAAAUUAUUUUGUGGAUCCAAGUUCUAAGGUUUAUCGGAAUCUACUACCACAAGAAAAGAAAGUCCUGGUUGAUGCUGUUGUGAAUGAAUUGAGGCAAAAUGGUAAUACUGGUAAUAAUGCUAAAGCAGAAGAAUUAGAGGCCUUCGGUCUCUGGAGGAAGAAGAGAACUUCAACUUUACCUCCACCAACUCCACCGCCAAAAAAGGUACCGCGAACUGAUAGAUUCCCCAUCCCUAAGCCCGUGCCUGUUCCUGGUGAUGAUCGUGAUUAUUAUGAUGAGGAUCGUGAUGGUUAUGGCUAUGAUGAUGAUCGCGGUGGUUAUGAUGAUAAUGAUGAUGAUGAUGAACCAAGAAGGCCCAAACCUAGACCCAAACCUAAAUACAAACCUAAACCGCCAUUAAUGUACACAAAGACUAAAGUUUACACCACUUAUAAACCGAAAAAGAAAACUUUGACUAAAUGGAAUCCAAGGAUUAUUUCUAAAACUAUCGUUAUCGAUCGAUGCAGUGAUAAAAGAACUACGACAACUGUUUUAGCUACGGAAACAGAUACGGAUUAUGAAACCAUUUAUAAACCUAUUUACAAAGUUAUCACUACGACUGAUUAUGACACCGUUUGGUGGGGGACUACAAAGACUAAAGUUAAGCAUGAUGUCAAGACUAAGACAGAAACCGAUUAUGAAGUCUUUACCAAGACGAAAUAUAAAAAUGAUCUUGUAACGAAGACAGAAACUGAGGUUGAAGAAACUACCAGAUACAUUAAAGUUGGUAAAGUAACAGUUACUGAUAUUGAAACCGAAUGGGAUGUUAAAUGGAAGACAAAGACAAAGACAAAGACUUUAUGUGACUAUCCUCCUGCUACAAAGACGAAAACUGAUUAUGAGACGGAGACGACAACUGAUUAUGCUACAAAGACGAAAACUGAUUAUGCUACAAAGACGACAACUGAUUUGACUACAAAGACUCGCACCAAAUUUUCAAUAAUUACCAAUCAUGAUCGAACCCGUACUAAAAUAAAGACUAAAACAAGGACCAGGACUAAAAAGAUUUGGAAUCCACGUCAUACGACAACGAUAAGUGCGAGCGCUAGGGCUCUUGCCUUUGGACAUGAAUAUGAAUUUGAAGAUGAAGUCGAAAAGAAGGGAUUUGGUAUGCUUAAUAUUCCAGAUGAUCCUGCUCCUCUCUUAGCAUCAAAAAGGGUAGUCAGAAAUUAUCACGCCAACGGUUCAAACUUCACGACUACUACAAUUGGUGGUUUCAAUUCUUCAAAUCAUGCUAAGGGGAAACCCAAAAUUACAGGUAUUUCUAAUGGUACAAAUGCUACUUCAGGUGCCAUUAUCGGUGUUUCGGGGGCACCUCAAGCAACAACAGCAAUGAUUGUGUAUACGACUUUGGUAGUUUCUGUGGCGACCUCAAUGAUGUUAGCAUUUUCGUAUCAUACAAAUUUAAACUUAACUAACAAUGGUUCAGAGGAUAGUAUGGAUCGUUCUUCAUCCGAUGGUGAAAAUAACGAUUGGUCAGAUGCAGAUGCUGUGGAAUUGACUAAUGAUGAAACACGAUCGCUGGCCGAUCAAGUACCUAACAGUGGAUUGCUACCAGAUGAAAUGGCUCGAAAAUUAAGUGGAGAUAAUUCAAUUAACCUUUUAGUUGAUUGA